AUGGCGGCCUCCGCGCCGCAGAGAUCGCGGGGCCAAGCCUCGGCCGCUGCGGGCGUCAGCCCCACGCGCAUCUCCCGGCUGCAGGAGAAGGAGGAGCUGCGCCAGCUGAACGACCGCCUGGCCGUCUACAUCGACAAGGUGCGGAGCCUGGAGAAGGAGAACACCUCCCUCCACCUGCAGGUGACCCAGCGGGAGGAGCUGCGCAGCCGCGAGCUCAGCAGCCUGAAGGCGGUGUUCGAAACCGAGCUGGCCGACGCCCGCAGGGCUCUGGACGACACGGCGCGGGAGCGGGCCAAGCUGCAGAUCGAGCUGUGCAAGAUCCGCGCCGAUCACGAGCAGCUGCGGGGCAGUUACACCAAAAAGGAAUAUGAUCUAAAUACAACCCAUGUCAAACUCAGAGAGCUGGAAAUAGCCCUCAACGCUAAAGAAACCGCACUGGCCACAGUCCUUGGUGAAAAUCAGAAUCUGAAAGGAGAGACUGACAACUUGAAAGAUCAAAUUGGGCAGCUUGAAGCUGAAUUAGCUGCUGCCAAGGAAAGACUCGCAAGUGAAACCUUAUUAAAGGUCGAUCUUGAAAACCGUUGUCAGUCUCUCCUUGAGGACAUGGAAUUUCGUAAAAGCAUGUAUGAGAAGGAAAUGAAUGAAACAAAAAAGAAACAUGAAACUUCCUUGGCUCAGCUUGCUUCUUCUGGAUGUCGUGUUGAGUAUCAACAAAAAUUGGCCCAGGCUCUUGGCGAAAUCAGGCAACAGCAUGAUGUACAACUGAAGCUCUACCAAGAAGAGCUUAAACAGACUUAUUCGGCCAAACUUGAAAAUGCUAAGCUUGCCUCUGAAAAGAGUGAAUCCACAGUUAAGUCAGUAAGAGAAGAACUGAAUGAAAGUCACAUGCGAAUUGAAAAUCUGUCUUCCCAUGUCAGCAACCUUCAGAAAGAGUCUAGAGUAUGGCAGAAGAAAGUGGAAGAGCUUGAAGUCACCUUGGCCAAGGAAAAGGAAAACUGUUGCAAAACACUCUUUGCGAAGGAUAAGGAAGUGGAAGAGAUAAGAACUCUGAUGCAGGAGCAGCUCAGUGACUAUGAACAACUAUUGGAUGUGAAACUGGCCCUUGAUAUGGAAAUAAGUGCCUACAGGAAGUUGCUGGAAGGUGAAGAGGCAAGAUUGCAACUUUCUGGAAGCCCAUCUUCCCGUGUGACUGUGUCACAGGCUUCAUCGAGCCACAGCGUCCGUACAACCAGGGGGAAGAGGAGGAGGCUUGAUGUAGAGGAAUCUGAAGCUAGCAGUAGUGUCAGCAUUUCCCACUUAGCUUCUACAACUGGUAACGUCUCCAUUGAGGAGAUAGAUGUAGAUGGAAAAUUUAUCCAGCUGAAGAACACCUCCAAACAGGAUCAACCUAUGGGAGGCUGGGAGAUGAUCCGAAAAAUCGGGAACAGUUCUGUCAGUUACAGAUUUACCUUAAGAUACACACUAAAGGCGGGUCAGACUGUUACAAUCUGGGCUUCAAAUUCUGGUGUUGAUGCCAACCCUCCUAGUGAUCUCAUCUGGAAGAAUCAGACUUCUUGGGGCACUGGUGAAGAUGUGAAAGUUGUACUGAAAAAUUCUUACGGAGAGGAGGUUGCUCAGAGAAGCACUGUCUUUAAAACAACUGUGCAUAAAGGGGAAGAGGUGGGAGCAGAGGGAGAACUAGAUGAAACUGUGGAAGAAGGCCUUCAUCAACCACAGGCACAGCUGAGAACAUCUGCCAGAAACUGUGUGAUGAUGUGAAGAUCAGCCAGCCAGGUUCCUCAAGUCAUGGUAACUCUUGUCUACAGAAGAGUCCCUUCUCAGAAGCACAACAUAUUUUUGUAUUUUCUGUAUGUGAAUUUUUAUCUGCGAGUCUGGCCUUAAUUUCCUUUGCCACUGAAAAGGAAGUUUUGUAAAAGAAGUAUCUAACCUUCUCGCAGGGUUCCUGACUGUGAAGAAAAAUUAUGUCCGUGUCAUGCAGAUCUAUAUGCUAGUCUUUUUCUAUUGAAACCUUGCCGGAAUAGAAAUAUUCCGCUGGUUUUUGGGGAUUGAUUUUUCUUAUACCACUCUAGACUAGCUAAUUGCUGUUGGCCUCUUUAAAUCUAGGUGCUGUUUAGGAGGGCAUUUUCAAUACUAUGAACUCUUUGGUACUGGAGACUUUUUUUUUCCCCUAUAGUGCAAUCAAGGCUAUAAAACUUUUUAUAGAAUAGAAAAGAUUUGUUAAAAAAAGAAUCUGAAAAAAUCCCAAACAAAACCAAAUUAAAACCAUAUACAAAAAGAAGGUAGCCCAGCUGUUCAUGUGAGCACUUAAAGAGGAUGAAGGAUGCUGUAAAACUCCUUAUAGGUAUUCUUUUUCUUAACUUAGAUUUCUUAUUCCAGAGAGGUUCAUGUUAAAUUUCUUACUUUUGUUAAGACAGUGUAACCAGCUUAAAUUUCCUUAUACAAUUUGGUCAGAAAUAGAAGAUUGUUUUAAUGUGGAUGGUUUUGCUUCUUGACAAUUUGUGGGGAAAAAACAAGUCUUCUAGGGGUCUAGUCUAAAUUUGUAUGGAAAAAAAUUAUAAUUUUGUCAAUGUGAAAAUUUUCCCUGACCUUUCUGCAUUAAUCUGAUGUCUGAAAAAACUUGUAAUAAAAUACUCAACAUGCUA